UUAAGGCGUGUGAGAGGCGUGUGUACUGGUUUGUGUGCAUUAUAACAAUACUAAGACGAGGUGUAGUCAGAAAGUGUGAUUUGGAAAGGGAGGGAUGGAUGAAAGAGAGUGAGAGUGAAAGGGGGAGGGAUGAAGAAGGUUAGAUUGUGCCCAGACUCAUUCUGCAUUGCUGAAGAGAAAGAGAGAGAGUCUAGCAGGAUCUUGUUUUGUGUAGCUGCUAGUUCAGCACUGUUAGCUGCAGUCUCUGCUUCGCUGUACCAAGGGUUUUGGCCAUGCUGUUUGCUCUGCCCAGGCUCGCUGUGUUUAUCUCUGCAGUGCUCUUCAAUGGUGAUGUAGUCUGGGCAAGUACACAUACGGAUCUUGAUCCAGGGUUCCUCCAGUGUCAAGAGUGUUUUUUCAGAGGCACACCUCCACAAUCACUGUCUGAGCUGGGUUUGGAGCAGAGGUGUCACAGACAUCUGACCGGACGGCCUUUUGCAUCUCUCUAUAACACCAACUGCCAGACCACCGUCUAUACGGCUCUUCACCUCAGCCUGAAUAAUGGAUGGGGCAGAGGAGAGCAGAGCAUGCAGGAUUCCAAAGAAGAAAUCAAUGGAGAUUCCCAUGUGGCCAUCCCAGCUCUUUACAGAGGAACCACCAAUAUGACCCCAUCACCAUCCAACUCCCCUCUCCUGAAAUGGGAUGUUCUGACAGCAGAGCUGAUAUGGAGCUCCAUCGUACCGAUGUGUUCAGAGACGAGUGGGGAAAUUUAUGUGCAGAUUGGUGUGGGCGGGUUUAAUGAGUGUGGGGGAAAAUUAUUGUGGUCAGCAGUGUGUUGUGCUGCUUCAGAUGGAGAUGCUAGUUUCAGUGUUGGGCUAGUGAAGGAGGGGGAUGUAAGGGUGCUCAGCAUUACGGCAUUAGAGGAGCUGAUAGGAGGUACAAGCCUGUUUUCAGAAGGUUGUGGUGAAAUGGGACGUCAGGGAGAAGAACUUACGUCGCUCUUGAACAAGCAACUGAAUGACAUCAAAACACCCAACUCUAAUGCACAAAGUGAAGAACACGUUGGCGUACAGAACACUCAGGAAGCAGGAACAUCAGAAUCAGAAAAUGAGGAAGUGACAGAGCAUGUUAAUGGCGAAACCUCAAGCUACACAUCUUCCUUGAGCUCAGACAUGGACGUUGAGGAGAGCACCAAUGAGACAGAGAGCUCAGGGUCUGCGCUAAUCUACAUUUUGUCUUCGACCAUCUCUCUGCUUUAUGCCCCUUUUUCUCCGAUCGUAAACAAGGUCACUAACUUUCCCUUCCAGCUCACCUACGUUCUACAGGAAGAUCUGGCAGUUCUGGCCUCAGUGCCUGGUGACAGCUACACUUUGGUAAACAACUUGUGCUCAGGAGUGUGUUCUGGGGUUUCAUGCGUGUUGGGAACCUUGUACCAGACAGGAGAAACAAGCGUGUGCACCAUUUACUCCUGCCUCAGUCCAUUAGCCAGCAGCCUGGUCCUGGCAUUCCAGGAGGGAUUCACAGGAACGGGCACUCUGGCAUCGGAUGCCUUAGGGAUUGUGACGGGAACAAUGGGGAAUGGUUUUAGGAUCAUCAGGAUGGUUCUCGGGUCAGUCUGGGAUCAGAUGUUAGAUUACCUGUGUGCCGUAUCUUCAGAAAUGGGCUACCAGGUGUCAACAGUAGGUAGUGGGAUUGGAAAACUUACCUGGAGAAGUGGAAGAGGGGUGGGCCACCUGCUAAACAUUGUUGCAUCCAUUGUAGGCGGAGUGGUGGAGAAUACAAUAACCAAUGUCCAGGAAGCUUUCGGAGAGAGCUCAGGGGAAUCAUCCGAAUCACAAAUGCCUGAAUUGCUGAAAUCUGAAGUCGUCAGUGAAUAGAUUUAGAUGAGUGUAUAUGCCUGUGUUAGAUACCUUAUUUGCAUAUUACACUACAAAUAAAGUGCAACAGAUCCCACCCACUUUUUCAGUUGGUUCUGGAAGUAUUUUUCCCAUUCAUUUUUUCAAUAGGGGUUUGUAAAAAGCAAACUAAACCAACCAGCUAUGAGGUAAAUCACAACAUUACAAAAUUUGAUUUAAAGCAAAAAUAUUUGAUAAUCAGUCAAAAAGACAACUUAGCAGCUUUAAUGAGAGAACUACAAUCCCAAGAAGCAUUGCGACAUAAUUUAACAUAAUUGAAAUUGACAAAACAAUGGGUAAGAGUUUAGGGAAACUGACUAUUGUUCCUAAAGAGUUGGUGUGUUUUUUUAAUUUUUUUUAUUUGCUUGUUUCGAUUCUCUGAUUGGUGGAGAUUUCUGUGCAGAAUCAUGGGUAAUGUAGUUUUAACAGAAAUUCCACUGUCAAACAUGAUUCUUUAAAAAAUGUGAAAUAAUGGAACAAUGCUGACUGGCGGCUUUUACAAAAUACCAUCAAUUAACAACCUCGUAGCUCACAGUGUGUCUUAGCUAUAGUUAAAAAUCAAUUCCCUGGUGAAAUUGAAUGGGAUUUUUACUGCUAGAACCCAACUGUCACACUAUAUAGUGUCUUGUAGACUGGACAAUGAAUAUUGACCAUAUGGCAUGUGGAUAUGAAUCAUGAAACCUCUAUUUUACAGUCUGCCUUAAAAGUAGGAAAUGAAUGGUGCACUGCAGGGUUUUCUGAGCCCAUUUCAAGGUGCUGAGCAAUGUUUAUUAAGUGGCAAACAGAUGAUGUAAUUGUUGGGAGAUGUAUGUCAUUUCAUCUGACAUACAAAGGCCUUGCUGUGUCAUGGUUUAUAUUCUGCAAUAAAACCUCUUCUCUGUGA